AAAAUGUACAUGUACGCAUGUCGAGUUUAGCCGGGUUGUAAAAUGGCGUCGAGGGUGAUGUUGACGAUAGACGUCCUCAUCCGAAAUCCUCUUCGACGUUCGUAUAAAGAAUAAACCCCCGACGAACUAAAUCAUCAUCAUAACUUUCACGUUAAAGUUAUGGAAGAAGGAGAAGAGACGAUCAUCAAGAUCGAUGAUCCGUCGUUCUACGAUUUGGAGCACAUACCACAAACUAUGGACAGUUGGCUGAACGACGAUGAGGGUCCUCUGGUUUUCCACAGAGUUAACUCCAAGGAUAUCAUCUACCAAGCGAAGAAGAAGAAGGCAAAGAUGAUAGGAAAGUAUGUGAUGGGUGAUGUUUUGGGUGAAGGUUCCUACGGUAAAGUUAAAGAGAUGUUGGAUUCCGAGACGUUGUGUAGAAGGGCGGUGAAGAUACUGAAGAAGAAAAAGUUGAGGAAGAUACCUAAUGGAGAACAGAACGUGCAAAGAGAAAUACAGCUGUUGCGUCGUCUCAGCCACAGGAACGUUAUCAAGUUGGUCGACGUACUCUACAAUGAAGAAAAACAAAAGAUGUACAUGGUAAUGGAAUACUGCGUAUCUGUUUUACAAGAAUUAUUAGACAGCGUACCUGAAAAAAAAUUUCCAAUCUGGCAAGCACAUGGAUAUUUCUGUCAGCUGCUGGAUGGACUGGAGUACCUUCACAGUCAGGGAAUCAUCCACAAAGACAUCAAACCGGGCAAUCUUCUACUCACUAACAGUGGGAUGUUGAAGAUAUCCGAUCUCGGCGUGGCGGAGGCUCUCGACAGAUUUGCCGUCAGCGACAUAUGCCACACGAGUCAGGGAUCGCCGGCUUUUCAACCUCCAGAAAUCGCCAACGGCUUGGAGAGUUUCUCAGGGUUUAAAGUGGACGUCUGGUCAUCUGGUGUUACGCUAUACAAUAUCACAACAGGAAAAUAUCCAUUUGAGGGCGAUACAAUAUAUAAAUUAUUCGAAAAUAUCGGAAAGGAAGAAAUUACCAUUCCUGAAGACUUGGAUCAUCCAUUACAAGACUUGCUUAUGGGUAUGUUGCAGAAAGAACCUCUUCUCAGGUUUUCUCUACAACAAAUUAGACAGCACGAUUGGGUUAAGAAAAAGCAUCCAAGGCUAUUCGAGUGUGUAAAUAUUCCGGUCCGCCCCGACGGAGACGAUUUGAGAAGCAUGACCGUCAUUCCUUAUCUUCAAGACUUGCAUUGGGGAACAGAUUCUGGAGAGGGAGAAAGCGAAGAAUACAUCACCGAACACGAUCUGCAAGAAAUGAGACAAAAGGAUCACGCUCCAAGGGACAAUGUGGAAUGUGUUAAAAAGCAUAGGAGAAAACUCGCAAGUUGCAUGAGCGUACGUAAAAUCAAUACGUGCAGACAGUCUUGACACCGACAACAAUACACAAAGAUUUCAUUUAAAUCGCAUCAGAUAUUGGUGACUCCUUGAAAAUUUAACCUUUGGUCGUAUAGGUGAGAUUUGACCAGCAGGGGUUUGUUCACAGUGACGAUUAGACACGGAUUUCUAUUAAAUUUAUGGCACUGUGCAUUAACGACCCCCCCUUUCUUUAAUGUUCGCACGGGUGUGGUGCUAAUGUAACACUUUUUCAGAACGGUAUUUUUUC